AUGGGGCGAAUCCUAAUACUGGUGUUGCUUUUGACCUUUAUCUACGCCAUCACAUUGGCAAUUCGGCGGUAUCAUCGUAAAACAAUCUUUGUAAUCACACCGACCUACUCACGCCCGAACCAGAAGCCCGAAUUAGUACGGCUCUGUACUGUUUUAUGUACUGCUAGAGAUGUGCAUUGGAUAGUGAUUGAAGACGCAAGAAAUAAAAGUAGAGCAUUGGCUCAAUUUCUCGAAGACUGCGGUCUGCCCUACACUCACUUGAAUGCCCCAACAAUAUCGAAUACCAGUCGUAUUCGAGGGUCAGCCCAACGUAACGAAGCUCUUAAGUGGCUAAGAACGAACUUUCGGCCGAUGAGGAAGUCCGGAGUCGUAUACUUUGCCGAUGAUGACAACACGUAUCAUCCAGAAUUGUUUGACGAAAUGCGAACAUUGGAGAAUGGAGCAACGUGGCCCGUAGGCUUGAUAGCUGAUUCUGACUGGGAGGGAUGCAUCACUGACCCUAAUGAUCGCAAAAAGAUUUCCGAUUUUUGGUCUAAUUAUGCACCCGAUCGGAAUUUCCCUAUUGAUAUGGCAGCCUUUGCAGUCAAUCUCAAUCUGAUUUUGGAACACUCAAACGCCCUGUUUGAUGACAAGGCUGUCGGAGUCCAAGAGGGCCUAAUACUUACCGGUCUUGGCUUUAAGAACGCCUACGAAUUGGAGCCCAAAGCUGAUGGCUGCAGGAAGAUCCUUGUUUGGCAUACGAAAUCAACCAAACAGGAGGUGAAAGUGAAUGGGCCAGCUACCAUUAAGAAUAUGUUAUAA